UCUUCGUUUCCUCUUUGACUCCUCUUCGGCUUCCUCGUAUAAUUUUAUUUUUUAAAAUUAAAUUUAAUACUAUAGACAGACCUGAAAAAGCCAUAGCCGCCUCUGUUUUACAGCUAAAAGCUGAACUUGCUUAUUAACCUCUGAAAUUUGCAAUCUUUACUCUUUCUGCGAGUUUCUUUCAUCUGGGUUUUGAUUCAUAUCUCUGUUACGACUUCUGGGUCUUUUUCUUUUCUUCGUUUUUUCCUCAAUCAAUUAGCCACUGCAGCCUGUGAGAUCAUGGACUGGUAUUUUGGGAGCAAUAUUCAGGAACUUGUUGUCCCAAAGGAUCAAGAAAUAUCUGACGGGUUCCCAUCACCAGAAAGUUGGCUAAAAUGGGGAAUAAACGAGUCAGAAACUUUCGGGUUUCCUACCAAAGCCUUUGUAAUUCAUUCAAAAUUGGCCCAGGAAGAAGAAAUCAACUUUAAUUUCACCAAUAAUGAUGUUGAGUUGGAGAGUUGUAUUCAUGAUAAUAAAGAUCAGUCUAGUUCAAGUAUAGGUGGAGGAGGAUCAUCAGAGGAGUCCCUUCAUCACCAAACUGCUCUUUUUUGUGACCAGCAGCUGGAUUAUCAACUUGAUGGGCUUGCAGGAUUCCAACAGAUGGAUGACCUAUUCUUGAGUUCGUUAAUUGAAGAUCCCCUUGAGACUGACAAUCUUCACAGUUCACAUUGCUUUGAGCCUGAAUUGCUGGUACAGGAUGUUAAUAUCUUGAGAAACACAAUGUUAGAUACACAAAGUGUUUCUAGUGAUGCAUAUAGUAUGGGAAGCUCCAAGUAUCUCAAAACUCAUGCAUUUUCGCCAUCAGUGGAUCAGGAGAAAGGCAAAGUUUCAGCUUUGGCCUUUACUCCAUCCAAUUCAAAGCAAAAGAAUUGGCCAUUGUUAGAGGCACCGGUGAUCAAAGUCUUGGCCCCUUUUGAGCAUAAUGAAUGCAAGGACAAGGAAACAUCCAUUGAAGAAUCUGUUUUACUGGACCUGGAGAUGGUGAUGGCACAGUUGACAGAGAAGACUCGAAUUUGCUUUCGUGAUGCCUUUUACCGUCUGGCACAGAACUCAAGGCAACAUGUGCCAACACAGAACCAAAAUGGUAAUCUUUCCAUGGAAACUCCCCCAUGGACAAGUCAAGAAGACAAAAUGAGGCCUGGAGGAAAGAAAACUAUGGAAAUGGAGACCAACACCAUUGACAGAACUAUAGCAAAUCUCAUGUUCAACAAGAUGGACUUAGCAAGUUCCAGACUGGAAAGUCUCAAAGCAACCAGAUCAUCCAAGCACAGCUCAAAUCAACCACAAAUCCAUGACUUUCCUCUCUAUCCAUUUUUCUCAAAUGAUGCCGAAGUACCAAGCCUCUGUCAAGGGUACUCGCAAGCGAGCGCAUUUCAGGAUGUGCAUACCUCCAGAACUCCAGCAAAGAAGACAAUGUACUAAAACUUAUGGCAGUUUUUUUGGGGUGUGUUUUUUUUUUGGAAGAUAUACUAUUUCAAGCGAAAGAAAGCUUGAGAAAUUGUCUGGAAUGCGUUUUUCACUUCUUAAUGUAUAUACCCAAGUGAAUUGUUAUACUGGUAGUGGUAGGUAGGUAUGAUAGGCUACAGGAUUUGGUGCCUUCACUUGGCUCAAUUUUGGAAGAUGCAUAUUCACCAUUUUAUUUCAAAAAACUGAUAUCUAGGUUUAUUGAUCUAGUUGAUAAUGCUUUGAUA